UACGUAACGCACCGUGCAGCAGUUUCCAGCUUGGUUUACGGAUGCUGAGGCGGCUCGGUGCCACUGAGACUGUAAACUCACGCUUUUUGCUCGGUUCUGUUGGUCGGUGAGGCAACAGUGUGUCAACAUUCAGAGAUGGCCCAGUACUCCGAGACUGCCAGGGGUAGCCCCGAGGUUAACGGAGAGCCGAAGACGGAGAGGAAAGUGGCCGUUAUCACCGGCAUCACCGGCCAGGAUGGUUCCUACCUGGCGGAGUUCCUGCUUGCUAAAGGCUACGAGGUUCAUGGUAUUUUGCGGCGAUCCAGCUCCUUCAACACAGGUCGCAUUGAGCAUCUUUACCAGAAUCCACAUACGCACACUGAGGGCAACAUGAAGCUGCAUUACGGUGACCUGACUGACAGCAUGUGUCUGGUGAAGAUCAUCAACGACGUGAAGCCUACAGAGAUCUACAACCUGGGCGCUCAGAGUCACGUCAAGAUCUCCUUUGACUUGGCGGAGUACACCGCUAAUGUGGACGGUGUAGGCACGCUGCGCCUGCUGGAUGCCAUAAAGACAUGCGGUCUCACCAAUAUCGUCAAAUUCUACCAGGCCUCCACUAGUGAGUUGUAUGGCAAAGUCCAGGAGAUCCCUCAGAAGGAAACCACUCCCUUUUACCCUCGCUCACCUUACGGAGCUGCUAAACUUUAUGCCUACUGGAUUGUGGUGAACUUCCGAGAGGCCUACAACAUGUUUGCCGUCAACGGGAUCCUUUUUAACCAUGAGAGUCCGAGGAGAGGUUCAAACUUUGUGACGCGUAAGAUCAGCCGUUCUGUGGCAAAGAUUCACCUCGGCCAACUGGAAAGCUUCAGCCUGGGCAACCUGGACUCCAAAAGGGACUGGGGCCAUGCCAAAGACUACGUGGAGGCUAUGUGGCUGAUGCUGCAACAGGAGGAGCCUGAGGAUUUUGUCAUAGCAACAGGGGAGGUGCACAGUGUGAGGGAGUUUGUGGAGAAGGCCUUCAGCCAUGUGGGAAAGACCAUUGUGUGGGAGGGAAAGGAUGAGAAAGAGGUUGGCCGUUGCCAGGAGACAGGGGUGGUACACGUCAAGGUGGACCCAAAAUUCUUCCGUCCUACUGAAGUGGACUACCUACAAGGUGACAGCACCAAAGCCUAUCAGAAGUUGGGUUGGAAGCCAAAGGUGACUUUUGAGGAGCUGGUGAAGGAGAUGCUGGACGCAGACAUUGAGCUUAUGAAGGAAAAUCCAAAUGCCUGAAGCCGUCCUUACAGGAUGGGAAUGCUUUAGCACUCCAGUGUUCUGCCACUGGGACCCACGGUGGAGGGGACACCAUUUCUUUUUACCUGUGUGACUUUUCCAAAUGAAAUAACUGUCUUGGUGCGGGUGUUAGUGAAUCAUUUGCUGCCUUUGAGUCUGGUAUUGGUUUCUCUUUUUGUGUCAUUUUUGAUUGAAUAAAUGCCUUUUACAUUUUAACAAAAAUCAUGUUAUGAUUUAUAUUAUAUAUUUAUUAAGGGUUUGUAUUAAUUUUUUUGUUGUUAUGGAACUGAUUUGGGUGUCAAAACAGAAAUAUGUUUCUUUGAAGGGUGAUGCUGAAAAAAUAUAUAAAUUAAUAGAAAUCAAUGAAUAUUUUAUCUUUUAUUAACCAGAUGACCAUUUGGUACAAUAAAACUGAUCUUUUUACA